GAGGAGCCUGAGCACCCACGGGAAAUAAACAGGUUUAAUGUUCUUCCCCUCGGAUCCUGGGAAGUAACCAGAGAGGCCCGCCUAGGCCACCUGGGUCAAUGCAAACAUCUGCGCCGCUCCCCGCAGUCCUCGCACCUGGGCGCCCUGCCCGGGCCCGCAGCCAGCGCCGGGAGGUUAAAGCUCCCCUUGCCCUCGGCGAGGGGCCGGGGAGGGUUUUCUGCCCUUCCAGGCGUUUUCUAAGCGGUGAGGAUUCUCCUGAGCCCCCGAGCUGGGGCUGACACUGGGGGAUGGAGGCUCCGGUGUCUCCCCAGCGCCGCUCGCCAGCCACGCCCCGUGCGGCAGCUCCGAGCACCUCCUGCCGCCGGCGUUUGCUCCCCUGCUGUUCUGGUGGCUGCGGCGGGAAGUUGAGGCACAAGAGCCCGAAGGCACGAACCGGCGAACCCCUCGCUGCCCUUGUCUUCCUCGCCAGCCUGCAGCGUCUCUUCCCAGCCUGCCAGAGCCGGGAGCGAGAGUGCGCCCCGCCGGAGGGGCUGCUGUGCCCAGGAGGCUACGUGUUUACGCCGGAGUAAGCGAUCCGGGAGGGACUCAGCCACGGAUCGGGCCCCAGCAAUCAACGCCGUCUAAACGCCGCAUCCUCCCAGGCUGCUACCGGGACAGCAGCAGCAACCCGGGGGGCUCCGCAGCACCUCGCUAACGGCUGCUGAGGUCGAACUAAAACGUGUGCAAAUAAACCCUUCGAACGGGAAUCGUUUCACGCCCUCACGAAGCAAUCGUUAGGCUCCCUACCCCGCCAGGGUCUAAAAUAGUGCACAGGCGUGAAAAUAGCACCGGGAAACGCACGGAAGAGUUUCCUUGCUGUGAUUCACCCCACACUGUGAGGGAUGUUUCCAGAGAGCUGACAGCUACCGCCUCUGCUUUGUUACAUUAGUCAAUAGCCUGCUCCUCGGCACUUCGCCAAAGCAGGUCGUUUUCUGCAGACAAUGUACUAAGUGUGGAGCAGAACUGUUAAGAGCAAAACAAAACUUUGGAAAUCGCGGUAUACACUGAGGAGUGUUGAAGUGGCCACGUGGUUUAGCACAGACCGUGCAAGUCUUCUAAAGGUAUCACCUAUGCUGCUUUGCAUCCCAGGAUGCCAAGUUGUCCUUUACGAAUUAUUUUUGCUCCCCCCCGGAUAGGGCUGAAACUUGGUGGCAGAGUUUUCCCCCGGCAAUCCAUGCGGAGUCACGUUCACUCCUGUUGCUUUCCAACGAGUAGCCUAAAAAUACAAAUUUCCCACUCCAAACAUCAUGCUGAGCUACACAAACAUAGUAACUUCUCCGUCCCCUAAUAGGUGGCUACACCGAGCGAUCGCAGUUCAAGCGGUCGGUUUACACUGCCCUCUAGCGCCGGAAACGUGUGUCCUAACAGACAAUAGCAAUGAGCAGGUUACUUAUCCACCACCGGCCCCAGCCCCAUUUGUGCCUUUCCAUUCGGGGAAACUCUUCAAACAUUCCUCAUCGCUCGAACUCCCGGUGUAGGGAGCCUGGAAUCGCUCCCCUUGCUGACAUUUCUUCUCCGCGUUAGGAUCGUUUUAGGGGAGCUCAUGAUUGCUUUGAAUUUCUGUUUUCUUCUCUCUUUUAAAAACAAACAGAAAAGAAAUAGCGCACUGAAGGAUUUGUGAUGAAAAAGGCAUGCAAAGAAAAUGACACGGAUUUUGCAAAUGGGGCCUGUGUCGGAAGGGAAUCUAAGAUGAAGUUAUGGGAUGUUGUGGCUGUCUGCGUGGUGCUGCUCAGCACGGUCUCCACAUCCCCGCUGCCCGCCGGUAAGACGCCUCCCGAGGGGCCCCCUUCAGUGGUAGAGGGGCCUGAAGACGAUCACUCCCCCACCAGCCUGCCGCCUCCCUAUGCUGUGCAAAGUGACUCUAACAUGCCAGAGGAUUAUCCAGAUCAGUUUGACAAUGUAGUGGACUUUAUUCAAGCCACUAUAAAAAGACUGAGAAGGUCACCAGAUAAACAAACUCCAAUUUUUUCUAAGCGGGAGAGAAGUCGGCAAAAUGCAGCUGUUAAUACAGAGAAUUCCAGUAAAAAGGGACGACGAGGUCAAAAGGGCAAAAAUCGAGGUUGUGUCUUAACAGAAAUACAUUUAAAUGUGACUGACUUGGAUUUGGGAUAUGAAACCAAAGAAGAGCUGAUUUUCCGGUACUGCAGUGGAUCUUGUGAUGCAGCCGAGACCACAUAUGACAAAAUUUUAAAAAAUUUAACCAGAAAGAAAAAGCUGGUCAAUGAUAAAGUGAGGCAAGCUUGCUGCAGACCCACUGCCUAUGAUGAUGACCUUUCAUUUUUGGACGAUAACUUGGUUUACCAUAUAUUGAAAAAACAUUCCGCUAAAAGAUGUGGAUGUGUCUGAUUUUUUUUUGAGAUUAUUACAAUAUUGCAUUCCUACUACAAUGCAAAGAACAGGACCAAGGUUCCCAAGGAAACGUCUGUUCAGAACUGAGAAAGAGGACCAAGGAUGCAGGAAAACAGAUGUCAUGGGAGCCUGGUAGGACAAGAUCCAGCACAGAGAACUGGACAGGACAGAAAAGUUGGAACUUUUAAUUCCUACAGGAAAGCAAAUAAAAGGCAUCAAAGCUCAGGGCUGGAGUUUCAGAAUGGAUGGGUGGAGGUUGCUAUCACUAUUUCAUUUGACAUGGUACACUAUCAAUGAGAGUUGAAUCAGCUAGGAAUGUGCUUAAAAACACAACCUAUUAAAUAUCAUGCCUUGUUCUUAUUUUUUAUUAAGUUUAGUUAUAAAAACUGAGGUAGCAUUAAUAAUGGCAAGCUUAAGUAGUAUUAGCUUCACUCCAAUAUACACUGUACUAUUGCUUGUUAAAAGGUUAUUCCAAAACACUGGAGAUAACUUUUUAAUUACAUAGUAUAUGUGCAGGGUUAAAUCAGGCAAGUGUCAAAAUUAAUCAGCUAAAGUCCAUCCGGGGAAAAUCAACACAAAACAAAACACUUUCACUUACUGUUUGAUUUAGGUUAUUUCCAUCUCACAUUUCUUCAAAACAGUUAAAUAUCAGAUUUAAUUCUUCUAUUACCUCUGAAAACAAGUUGUGUUUUUAAGCACUCACUCCUAGUAGAAUAAUAGAAACAAUGAGCCUGGCCUACACAAACGAAAAAUGUGUUUCUUUUGGUUUACAAAGGACUAAUGUCACUUACAUAACUCCUUUAAUAUUUGGUCAUUGUGAGUGAACAGACUACUUGAUGCAAUGCAUCCAUUCAAAGACAUAAAUAUACAGAAGAUAUUUAUUGAGAUUUAAGUUAUUGUUAUUUAUUACAGUUCACUAAUGAGUUUCCGUUCCUUAUUUAUUAAAGUUUUUUUCAAAGGUGCCAAAGUGGAAUGUGCUCGCAAGAUACAAAGACAGUUAAGCUGGGAACAAGGGGCCAUGCUUUUAAAAGUAUUAAUAGUUAACUUGAAAGCAAAAAAUCACUUACUUUACCUUUUUAACAAAACCCUGUUUAAAAUCUCAAAAUAGAGGGCCAAAGUCUGCAACCCAUAUUCAUGUUGAAUAACAUUUAUGUGAGCAACUCCAUUACUACCCAUAUGAGUUAGUGACACUCCACAUGAGUGGAGGUUGCAGAAUGGGGGCCGUUAUUAUAAAUUUGUUAGAAAAAGUAAUUUUAUUAUUAUAAUGUUGAUGCAGUUUUUCUCACAAACACUUCUUCUGCCAACUGACCUCAUAAGUAUGAUUGACAAAUGAAGAUUAAUCACACUUUUGUCAUUUUAAUUUCAUGUUAUAUUUGUUUUUUCUUUCCAUAUUUCCAUAUAGAAAAGGUUAAAUCCCUUUUUGUAGUUAGUCCUGGAUUUAAUGUAGACUGAAGAUAAACAAACUAUUUUGUUAAAUAACCAAAGUGUUUUGUAUAAUUUGCUGACACAUUACAGGAUUCAACUGGCAUAGUAAAAACCAUUUUAAGUUUUCAUCUAAGAUACUGCUUUAAGGUGAAGGAGGUUAUGUAUCAAGGGGAUUAGCACAAGUUAUGAAGCAGGAGGUUUAUUUAUUAAAGAUUAGCAGAAGUGUAUUUAUACUAGACAUAAUAGACAACUGAAGUGAAAAGUGAAGACCUGACUCCCACAAAAACAAUAUCCAACCAAGAAUCUACUGAACAACAACAACAAUUAGGAUCAUAAUUUAUCCAAUCCAUUCAAUGGCUCCAUACUUAUUCUGUUCCUUUUAAGUGCAUGGAACCUGCACUGAUACCAGUGGGGAAGGUCCCAUGGUUUGGGGGGAGAAAGAAAGGAAAAACACACAAAGAUCCACCAUCAUGUGGCUUAAAGGAGAAUUUUGCCUUUCUUCACUAAGGUCCCAAUCCUGCAAUUGAUGAUAAGUGAGCACAGUCAUCUUCGUGGGCUCUGAAUGCAUGGCAAUACACCACAUGCAAUCUAUUGCAGGAUGAGUCUAAGGCCCGACUCCAGCAAAGCACUCAAGAUCAUGAAUAGUCCCAUGGAAGUCAUUAAGCACGUGUUUAAGUGCUGUGCUGGGUCAGGGGAUUAACCACUGUGUUGGGCAGCGUACAGCAGUCAAAGCAUCAUCUGCAUUACUUGCAUAGUACAAUCCUGGCUAUGUGAUGAGUCAAAACUCAGCAAUACUGUGGUUAGUUUAGGCUAGCUUUGAGCACAGAAAUUAUAAGUACUUUAUCACUUGCUAUGGUACUUCACUGAUGGUUGACAGCUUGCCUCAAGCAACAGCCUAAAUAGGCUUUAAUUAUAGCAGGUCACUAUGGUCAAACUACAAAGGGUAAAGUUUGUGAUUUUUUAAAAAAACUUAUCAACAACAGGAGUAUGAUCCUCUGGAGGUUUUUACUUCACCUACAAUUUAUGUCUCAGUUAUUUGUGUUAAUCAACCAAAGUUCUCUACAGACUUUAUUUUUGUACA